UUCGUGUAACUUGUUUCGCUAUAAGAGUCCUGCAAUUGUUGCUUCCUUCUUCAGUGUCCUUUUGGCUUUUUGAGGCGUCACAUAGCUCCAAAGUUGAAGUGCAACAUAGUCUCAGAAAAUUUCCGUUAAAAAUAGUUCGCGUGAGAAAAGCUGGAACGUCGUUGUUUUCACUCAGUUUGCUUUAAGGACAUUCAAUUAGUGCUUCCCUUAAUUGCUCCUCUGCUGACAUACGAACAAUUCUACAGAAUAAUUAUUUUCUUACAAGUGCUGUGCUGUGUACUGCUUAUUCCGCUAUCACUGGGCAAAUAAACGGGUUGUAAAAUAAUUUGUUUGUGACAGAAAGGACAAUAAAAGGACAGCAAAGAUGGGAAGAGGUGGUGAUUUGUGCCGAAGAAAAUUAUUCCUGAAAGCCUGGAUCUUCCUGUGCAUGCUCCUGAAUGCAGUUACUCCACAAUCGGCAGAAGGCGGUCUCACACAAUGCGAAAUUGAAACCAUCAUUCGAGAAUUAACCAACCCAAAUCCGGAAUAUCAGAUGCAUAUUGCUUCACUUCGAAAUCAACUUCGUAGUCUCCUAGGGAGGAAACUACCUGAUGACAACUUCUUGGAUUCUGAUGAUUCUUUGGAAGCGGAUAAACGGUCCAUUGGGUCUUUGGCUCGAAAUGGUUUCUUGAACAAUGGCAAACGCUACGUCGGAUCUUUAGCACGCUCGGAUUCGCUACGUUCUCAAUUUGACACAAUUAAACGCAGCUUGGCUACUCUGGCCAAAAAUGGUCAGUUACCAUCUCGUGAGCCUGACUACAAUGACAGUGCACAGCAAUGGAGUGAAAAGCGAAAUCUAGGCUCCCUUGCUAGAUCUGGGUAUUUGGCAGGAAAAAGGAAUAUCGGCUCUUUGGCCAGGGACUUUCAACUACCAUCCUCUUCUACUGGCAAACGAAAUAUCGCUGCUCUGGCCAGAGACGGUUUGGUUCCUUCGCUAAAUCCUAAACGUAAUAUGGCAUCGUUAGCACGAACAGGUGCCUUCCCAGCAUAUAAACGUGAUUUUGGAAACAAUUAUUGGUCAGAUGACUGGAAUAGUAGUGAGGUUGACAAAAGGAACCUGGGAGCACUGAAAAAUUCGCCAGUACAUGGAAGUCGUCAGAAAAGGGAUAUCGGCUACGACCUUGAGAUCGCUGAUCCUGUCAUGCAAAAUGCUGGUUCGGUCGACUAUGAUGAGUUGCGAAACGCGAUAAACCAAUUCUACAAUUCAUACCUUGGAGUUAAUAACCAUGAAGAGAAGCGUUUCUUGGGCUCUGUAGCUCGAAGUGGAUGGUAUCAAUAUCGACCGAGUUCUGUUGAAAAACGUAAUCUUCAAUCGCUAGCACGCAACGGUAUGCUGCGCUCCGAUUUGGCACGGACGGAUUCUUCCUCCCACAAGAGCGACUUCGACAACCCAUCGUGGGAGAUUGUAGACGAUGCGACUCUGGCUCACGGUUACUCGGAAACACCCUUAGUUGGGGUGCACCCGGACUACAGAGCACCUGGGGCACACCACCACGACUCACAGCUCUACACUGGCGAAGUUUACGACGUACCGAACCUUAUUAUUAAUUCUAUUGAUGAUAGCAACAAUAAUAAACACAACAAUGACAAUUACUAUAGUAGUGUUAGGCAUCCUCUUGAUUUUCAAUUAAGGCAACUUGAAGAAGCUCAGCAACAACUAGAAUAUGGACUGCAGGAUCAGGAACAAGAUGAUAACGACAAUAAUCUUUUGGAAAAUUAUGUAUAUAACGUAGUAAACAAUAAUAGCCCUUAUGAUGAGAACGAAGAGAUUAACGAUAAACUUUAUGAAUUCAAUGUGAAUGCCAAUUAUUUGUAUUAACCGGUGUUGUGAUUUCGUCCUACUUUCAUGUAAAUUAUCAAAGUACUAAACAACCAUAUCUGAACCCCAACUUUAUCUUGCGGACAAAUACAAGAAACAUUUAAUCAUAUCAAGAAGUAAGUUCAUAUCUGAAAUCAUAUCUGAUGUAAAAGUGUAGUUAGGGAUGGGGAGUUGUUUGAUGAACUGAUAGAAUCUCAUUUUAUGAUGCUUCACCACUGCGAAUGGAUGGAAAUUAGAAUUUUCUCAUUUGUCCUUCUUAAAUUCCAUUUCCUUUUGAGACUAGACUUUGUAAAUAAGAAAAGGAAAAAUUUAGUUUAAUACUUCAACGCUCGGAACUUUAUAGAACGAACUCAAAAUUGCGGAAAAUUAUUUGAAAAUUCUGAUUAGAAUUUCUUUAUGCUAUUUAUAUUGAAAAUUAGAUGGGAUGUUUACUAAUCAACAACAAUUAACUUUUUCUGUCCAUUGCAUACUCCAACAUCAAUUUAAUUGAAUUGGAUUGAUCAGAAAAUUAAUUUAUAUUUUAGCACGUUCAAUGAGGAAAUCUGCACCAAAAGUAACUUUCCUGCAUUUUUAUGAAACUAAUUUAAUUUUUUUUCCUCAAACAACUUCUUGUCCGCUUUUUUGUUAAUUCUGUUCCAAUUAAUCUAUUUUUAUUCAAGUUUACAAUAUUUCCCCUAACCAUUACUCAUAAAUGCGUUUCUAUAAUUGUCACUAACUUGGCUGGCUUUGUGAUAAUUUUAUAAACGUAUUUUUGAAAAAAGAUACUUUAAUGGUACUCAAUCAGAUUAAAAGACAAUAAAUAGUUUUAAUACAAAUUAGGCUUUUAUUAUUCAUAUAGGUAUCACUUGUACCCUUUUACAUUAUAUACUUUCUCAAAAACUAUUUGAAAUACAAAAGAUGACAAUAAUAAUCAUCUCCGGUUGAAUAGUUGGUUCAACAAACUUACUCGCUUCCAAAAACUGUAUUUAUAAAUAUGCAUACGUACAUAUAUAUGGAUUUAAUUUAUCCGAGUGAAAGUUAUAUAGUAAUGCUGUGCACGACAAUUGAUUUUUAAUAUAAAUUGAUACCUUUUACAUAACAACAAUUCCGGAAUCUCAUUUUAAAUAGUCAAAACUAUAAGAAUCCUCUUUACAGUUAUUGCUAUAUUCUACAAAGGAAACUAAAUUAACAUCAACAAUUUUAAAAGUAUUAUAAACUAUGUACAUUAUCAACUUCCAGACUUCCUUUAGUGUCUUUAUCAGAAAGAAUACUUAAAGGUUUACAUACUAUAAAAAAAAUAACAUCUAAAAGUGACAAUAAUUUAUUCAAUGUUAAAUAUAUAUUUAAAAAUAAACUCAAAGUUGAUUCUUAAAUAAAGUUGAUAAAAUUGAGGAAAAAAAUUAUUUUGAAUUUGGAAUUAUAUAACUGCUAUAUUUUGGACAAUAAUAUUUACAUAAAAUAUAACAUAUACUUCAUAAAUGAUGAUAAUAUAAAUAAAUAUAGAGUAAAUCAAAGUAAAUUAUAACUUUCAUUCCUUGUAUUAAUAUAACAGAAGUUGUGAAAAAUAUACUUAUGGCAAACAUAACAUCAAUCAUAUGCAAUUAAAUAUUACACCAAUUUUCAUGAAUGAUUCAUUAACAUCUAUAUCAGAAUCUUUCAAGACUUCUCAAUGUCUAAAAUGUAUUUUAUUAAUUUAUUCAUUAUUAUAUUAAUUUGUCCCUUUGAAUGCUGACAUAUUUUAUAAUUUAGUUUAUAAUUAUUCAGUGGAGUUUCCAAAUAGUAUUAAACAUUACCUUUCCCUAAUACGAAAACAAAUUCUUUGCACUUUUCACUAAUAUUUUCACAUAUUUAUGGGAUAAUUUAAAGAAAAAUAAAGAUAUUUUGCUCUACUUGGUUAAC